UUUCAAGUGAGGUUAAAGCGUUAUUUUCAACAGAAAAAUCCUGCAACCGGCUUAUGUUAUUAAAUUGAAAUGGUUGUUUCAAUGUCCAUAUAUAAUCGGAAUCAGGAAACAAUAAUAUUCUAAAACCAAAAUAGUUUUUGAAACUUUAGUUAUCACAAAAUGGCUUUAAGUAAAGGCGAAUCUAAGAGCAAAGCAGAGAAAGAAAAGAAAAAGAAUAAAAGAAGUAGUGUGUCAUCAUCUUCUAGCAGUAGCAGUGCUAGUUCAAAUCCUCGCAGUAAAAAGACUGAAACUAAGAAUACUAAGCGUUCAGGCUCAUCUUCUUCAUCCAGUUCUAGCUCUUCAUCUAGUAGUAGUUCAGAUGGUGAAUCACGUUCUCGUUCUAGCUCAUCAUCAUCCUCAUCUUCUUCAUCAUCUAGAUCUUCAGGAUCAAGACGUGUCAGUGGACGUGGGAAACGCAAUGUAGCAAGAUCCCCUUCAAUAAAGAGAAGGAGAAAAAGUCCAUCUCCUAGAUUAACAAAGAUACAAGUCAGUCGUCUUACACGCAAUGUUACUAAGGACCACAUAAAUGAAAUAUUUAGUACCUUUGGAACAUUGAGAAAUGUUGACCUUGUCAUUGAUCGGGAGCGUCCGCAUUUGUCAAGAGGUUUUGCAUAUGUUGAGUAUGAAAACCCAGAAGAUGCUGGAAAAGCACUCAGAUAUAUGGAUGGGGGCCAAAUAGAUGGGCAAGAAGUGCAAGCAUCCCUUGUUCAAUUUCACCCUGCUCCUCAGAGACUCACCAGAGUUCGUUCACCUCCUGGGGGUAUGCGCAGAGCUCCACCCCCUUGGCGACGAUCUCCUCCUAGAGGAAUGAGGGGUGGUCGUCCCAGGAGAAGAUCACCUCCUAGAUACAGAAGAAGAUCUAGGACACGGUCAAGGUCUCCUAACAGACGGCGUCAAAGAUCAAGCAGUAGUAGCUCUAGAUAAAUUACCUGCUAAUCUGAAACUUUAAACUUUAUGAUACUGUUUCAUAUAAUUCUUAUCUUGUUUGGUAACCUAUGCUACAAUUCUGCAAAAAGUAUUGUUUCAUUAAAUUGUGGACUGGAACUAGUUUGCACUUAAUUACUUCUCUUUUUACAUUUAUGCCAAUAUUAAAAGACGUCUCUUGUUGUAUUCUUAUUCAAGAUAAAAAUUUUGACUAUGACAUUUUUGUUGUUUUAAUCAAUAAAUUUUAAAAAUAGAA